CGUCAUCGACGGUCCGCUAUGCCAUUCUUGCGCAGUUCACCUAGAAAUACGUACUGAACGCGUGGACAAUGUACAUCAUCCAAACUUAAUUACCUCGAGCUGCUCAAUCGGAACCUUGAACCAGAAUUAGCAAUAGCGAAAACAGCGGGCCAUGUCCGGACACCGCCGAAGUAUAAGUCAAUGUUAUGGAAUGGCGCCACAACGAACGAACCCACUUAAUAUAUGACAUGCUCUUAUGUGAAGGAAACAUUUCGAAGGCGCCAAGGUCUUCUCACUCAUUACGAACUUUCAUCAAACCACAGCACCUUCCUAAUACAGCUUACUCAUCUCACCCGAGCGCGCUUCUGCUGCCACAACGAUGAGCAGAGCAUCUCCUCGACUGGCACACAGGCCGAUGACAAGGAGUAUGACGGCACUUACCGUCAGGCGCUCCACAAGGCUUAGCGGGGUGCAAGUUCACGCGAAUACUAUAUCCAGUGCGCCACAGCAGCAGCUCAUCAGACGCAACAUAAACGACCGCGUAACAAAAAUAAGCAGACGUGCAGAGCCUCUACGGCGGCAGUUCAAACAUGGGAGACACCGCGCAGCUUGGGCUGCAGUAACGACAACGCAGGAUGUCGGCCAAGCUAGUAGUACUGCUAGUGCUAUCGGUUGUCCAUCCCCUUCCAGUCCCCACAGUACUACUAGUACUUCUAACAAUGUCCUCUCCGCCCGAGAAACGGAAUUAAUCCAAAAGGAGAACGAGUUCCGAUUGAAAUCUCGCAAACUCGAACAACAACUCGUCACUGUAUCUCAGAAGGAGAGAGAAGCAGUUGCCUUGUUCCGAGAAUGCAAACAACGGCUCGAGAGAACCACCAUAAGGCAACUCGAAGACUAUUUUACGUGUCCAUUGUGCUUCGAGAUCAUUUUGAACCCACGACAGUGCGGCCAUACCUUUUGCGCCACUUGCAUCCUGAAAUGGUUCUUCUCCCGAUUGCAUCGUGUGUGUGGCAGCUGGCAUGAACCCGUGGACUGUCCAAUGUGUAGGAGUGCAUUAUUGUCCACCCCAGAUAACGUUCCGCGUCCAGAAUACUCGUUCCCCUUCACACCAAAUAGAACGGCCGAUAACGCAAUCUGUGGCAUGAUCAACGCUCUCGCCAAGGAGGCUGACUCUGCAAAUAUCUCUCCGUCUAGCCCUCUUGCAGACUGGACAGAAGAUGGUCAUGCAAGGCAAGAAUGGCGUCGAAAAGAAAUAGCUGGACGCAAUGAGAUGACGUCUCUCGCUACGUCGUGGACAAACAUGCACGGGGACGAAUUUAUUGCCAUCAAAAGAAGACUUGAAGUAUGAAUUCGCGGAAAAUGACUUGUAUUUGUAUCUGAAUGGGUGAGGUUUGCAUCAAGACAGGAAUGGAGCGAGUACGGAAGGGACGAAAUGACAAGUACUUGUUACCAUUUUUAUCAAAUUGCACUUAUUAUGGUUCACAGAUUCACUAGGAGACAUCAUUGUUGACUUUUUCUUUUUUUUGUAAACCGAUGAUUUGCAAAUGUACAACUAUCGUGGUGUAUAUACAAACAGUGAGACCUGCCACGGUGACUCGUCCAUAAUACUACAGAUAGAAACAACGCUCUCUUAACCCGCGCAUACCCAGAACAUCCUGAACGUCAAUAUGAGAUAAAUCCG